AGAUUUAUAAAACGAUUAAAAAUGUGUCAAAUAAAUUUAUAAUUUUUAAGUGAUAAAGCAAAAAUCAAAUGAAACAAUGAAAAUGAAAUCGUAUCCUGGUUAUGCAAUAGAUGCCAACUUUUAUGUUGGUAAUUACAAUUCUUUAGGAAUAAUGUAUGAAGCAAAUUGGAAUAGUUCAAAUCAAAAACAAGAUUUAACAAAAAGCGUGAAACUAUCAAGUAUAAGUCAGAAUGUUUCAUCGCUUGGAUACUACCAAAAACGCGUGGAUAAACUUAGAGAAUUAGAAACAUAUCAACAGAGAGAAAAUAUUAUUGAAAAAAAGAAUCUUCCGUCAAAGUUAAAAAUUAAUAAAAACAAAACAGAAAAUGUGGAAUGGGACUGUGAUAUUCAGAAACACAAUAAUACUCCCAUUUUAAAUCCUUUAUACAAUCAUUCCAAAAAUAACUGGCACUCUUCAAACUACCUACCUUUUUCAAAUACUAAAAGCACUGAAACAUCUCUAAAAAGAUCUCAAACAGUUAUUGUGAAGCAACCUACUACAUCAAGAUAUCCUUUUGAAAGAGAACAUGAACAGAAUCUGUUAGAUUUAAAAGGUUCUUUGCAAAAACAAAGGAGUUUUAUUAAAGGAGAAGAAAAUAGAAUCAAUAAAGUAAACAAAUUAGAUCGCCAUUGUGAUAUUGAAUCAGACUGUGAUAUUUUAAAUAAUAGAUUUGAAAAAAUUAGACUAAAUACUCCAAACUCUGAAAAUAAAGCGAAUGAUACAUAUUGUUAUAAAACAAUGUAUUUUCGUACUCUUAAUGAAGGUAAUGAAAAGUUACGAAACUCGAGUUUUGCAACAGAUAUUAUAACGUCUAAAAUAAAACUUGAUUCAGCAGCAGUAUUACAACAGAAAACCAAAAUCAAUCAAUUGGAUGAUAUUGAUAUAAUACGAGACAUUGAAAAUUCAAAGUCAAACGAAUCUGCCAAAGAAUUUGAAAUCUGUUCAAAUGAUUGUAAAAUAAAAUUAAAGAAAGAGAAAAAAAAUGGAUUAACAAAAUUUUUCUACAAUACAAUAUCGAAUGGUUCGAAAAUUCCAAAAGUUAUCUUAGGACGAUCAAAAAGUCAGAAGAGUCAAAGUACAAAAGUUACAAAACUAAAUGAGUCUUUUCAAAGCAAUCUUAAUGAAAAUGAUAUUAAAUCUUCAUCCUCAAAUGCAUCGACUUUAACUCCUUCUCCGGUUUUAAAUGAAAACAAUUUUACCCGAUCUCAAAAAUCUGAUUUACAAACGUUUUGCAUACCUCGACCUCGCUUAAUUGUUCCUGUUCACUCCUAUACUCGAAAAAGACGUACUGGAAAUUUAACUAAAGAUCAAUCUUUAUCUAAAAAAAGUAAUAAUGGAAAACUAAAAGAGGGACGCGUUGAAGUAUCACGAGAAGGAAAAUAUUUAUCAACAUUGUCUGGAGCAAAAGUUUUAGGAGAACUAGCAAUAUUGUAUAAUUGUCAGAGAACCGCAACAAUAACUGCUGUAUCCGACUGUAAAUUAUGGGCUAUCGAGCGACAAUGCUUCCAGACAAUAAUGAUGAGAACUGGUCUGAUCAAACAAACCGAAUAUACAGACUUCCUUAAAAGUGUUCCAACAUUUAAGGAUCUUUCAGAAGAUACAUUAAUAAAAAUUUCUGAUGUUUUAGAAGAAUGUUAUUACCGAAAGGGAGAUUAUAUCAUUCGUCAAGGAGCACGAGGAGAUACUUUCUUUAUCAUUUCAAAAGGACAAGUUCGUGUAACGAUUAGACCUGAAGAUUCUUUCGAGGAAAAAUUUAUUCGUACUUUAGGCAAAGGAGAUUUCUUUGGAGAGAAAGCUCUUCAGGGUGAUGAUUUGAGAACAGCGAACAUCAUAUGCGAUUCACAAGAAGGAGUUACAUGUUUGGUAAUUGACCGAGAAACGUUUAUUCAACUGAUUUCCAACUUGGACGAAGUUAAAAAUCGAUAUACUGAUGAAAGUACCAUCGAAAGAAGGAGAAUCAAUGAAGAGUUUCGUGAUGUUCAACUUACGGAUUUAAGAAUAAUUGUCACUCUUGGAGUCGGUGGAUUUGGAAGAGUAGAAUUAGUUCAAAUCAAAGAUGACACAACACGUUCAUAUGCACUUAAACAAAUGAAAAAAGCUCAAAUUGUGGAAACAAGACAACAACAGCACAUCAUGUCAGAAAAAGAAAUAAUGGUAGAAGCAAAUAGCGAUUUCAUUGUUAAACUUUUUAAAACGUUUAAAGAUCGCAAAUACUUGUACAUGUUAAUGGAAAGUUGUUUGGGUGGUGAAUUGUGGACUAUUUUAAGAGAUCGUGGACAUUUUGAUGAUUCAACUACUCGUUUCUAUACAGCUUGUGUUGUAGAGGCAUUUGAUUAUUUACACUCUAGAAAUAUAAUAUAUAGAGACCUCAAACCUGAAAACCUUUUAUUGGAUGUAUCUGGCUACGUCAAGCUAGUUGAUUUUGGUUUUGCUAAAAAGUUACAAAGUGGAAGACACUUCAAGACAUGGACAUUUUGUGGAACACCUGGUAAUUUUUUUUUCAUAAUCUAUUUUGACUUCCACGCAAAAGCGUGCAAGUUAUUAGUUUCACGAAAAACACACUUUUUUUAAUACAGCCUGAAGGACUCAUUUUUAAAAAUCUCAAAGGGUACCAAAAUGUGUGUAUUAGGAGACCGGAUUUUUCUGUACAUAAACGUUUACAUUUGGACAUCACCUAUGCAUUCAAAACGCCAUAAAACGUCUUUUUUGGGUCUACAAAUUUGGUGAUAAGCUUAAAGUAUCUGAAGGUUUAAUUUCUCUUUUGCCAUUUGAUCACACAAUAUAAGCAAUUAGGGGGAUCGAAAGUCAUUUUUCGAAAUUCUCAAAUUUUCAGUAGUUUUGAAGCUGUUAAAGUUGGAAAACCUAGGAAAAAUGGUCAUUUUCUUAAAAUUCUUGCAGCACCAGACUUUUUUUCAAACUAGAUAUUACAUUGAAAUCUAUCUUUAUGUCCUCAGCAAGAGCUUAAGAAAAAAUCCGCAUAUGACUAUAUUUUGACUUUACCAUGACUUGCUAUAGCCUCUUGAAAAUCGAAAAAAUCGAUUUUAUAUCUAUAUUAGCAUUCUUUAUCAUUUAUAAUACCUAUUUAUGUUUUAAAAUGCAAUUUAAAACAUUUUUGGUUUCAAUCAUAGUAGGCUUUUUUCAAAAAAAUAUCGAUUUUAUAUCUAUAUUAGCAUUCUUUAUCAUUUAUAAUACCUAGAUAUGUUUUAAAAUGUAAUUUAAAGCAUUUUUUGGUUUCGAUCAUA